AUGUCUACGAUAGAGCACGUUAUUUCAAAUCCGAAUUACCAUGAUUAUCUCGCCAUCGUAAAGGGCGCUCGCAAUGGCCUGGUAUACGGUGCUAAAGUGCGAUUCCCUCACGCACUCAUUAUGGCUAUUCUGUUUGGGCGCGGCGACUGGCUCUCCCGGCUGAAGAUGGUACUCAAAGCGACCAGAACCCACGCGCUCAAUUUAGCAAAGUUCGUGGCGUUGUACAAGGCCCUGCUGCUACUUCAGAAGAAGGCCAGCGGAGGGAAAGAACGCGACCUGGAUACGUUCAUUGCGGGCCUAUUAGGAGGAUACAUCGUAUUCGGCGAACGUACAGCAAUCAACGAGCAGAUUGUCCUGUACGUGUGCUCCCGAGUCGUCGCGUCCUUCAUCCCGCGUGAUACAUCGUGGGCAUCAUCCAAGCCUCCGGGUAAACCGCUACCGCCCAACGCGCGGGCAUUUUCCAUCUUCGCGGCUUUGUCAUGGGGCGCAGUUAUGUGGCUCUUCAAUAACCGUGGAGAAACGAUACAACCCGGGAUGUUCAAUUCGAUGACAUAUCUGUACCGCGACUCCGAGCGAUGGCAGGACUUGCGGACUCUGUUGUGGCACAACACGUAG